AUGAAUCAAAUAACAAAUAAUAAUAAUAAUAAAAAUAUAUUUGAUUUAACAUUUAAUAUUAAUCAAUUACCAACACAUUUAAUAAGAAAAAUAUUAUCAUACUAUUUUAAUCAUUGUUUGUCAAUAUGGAUGGAUUUAUGUUUAGUUUGUAAAUUUUGGAUGGAAAUGGUUAUGCCUUAUCUUCCAGAUACGUUUUAUUUAAUGGACUCUCUUCAAAAACUCGAAACCUAUUUAAAUCUAGUAGAAUAUGGUGGUACAUUCCCAAGAAAGUUCCUAAAGCCAACAUUAUUGCGUGUGGUUAAACCUCCAUCUAAUUUAAAGAAGCAUCCAUUUCAUAUAAACUCUUUAGGGAUCUAUAUUAACCGUUAUCAAAUGCCACAUCAAGAUGACUCAAUUAUACCAGAGGUCAUUUACCAACAAAUAUUUAGACUUUCACCAGAUUUAAAAUCAUUCUCUUUUCAAACAGAAAACCAUUCAAUGUCCGAUCUCUACUAUAUUUUAAAGACUAUCAACGAUCCAUCUAUAACUUUAAAUCUAUUAACCCAAUUAGAUUUUUCAAAUUGUUGGUUCAGUACUAAAAUUUUCGAACAGCUUUUAAAAUUAUUUAGUGGUUCAAAUGAAAAAUUAAUUGGUGGUACAAUUUUAGAUUUAGUUCAAUAUAUAUUUGUUGAAUCUAGUAUCAACUCUUUCGAAAUCUUGGAUACACCAAUCACUUUUGGCCUCAAACAAAAUCAACUAUCAAAAUAUUCAACAUCAACCUUUGAUAAAAUUUUGACUCCAAUGCAAACCAAUCUUGAACAUAUAGCCGUAACAAUUCGCUCCAAUGAUCAAUUUUUAAGUCUUCUUACAAACUCUAUUAAAUCCAGUAAAAGUCUUAGAGAAUUUAACAUGUCGGGUUCUGUUUUAACUCAAGUUAGUGAAAUUUCAAAUUUAUUCAGUUCGCUUCAACAUUGUGAAACUCUUUUAAAAAUAAAUCUAUUUGAUUUAGCUCUAAACUAUGAAAAUAAUGGCAACCAACAACCAAUGUUUCAAAAUAUAGGUGCCGAGAAUGAACAGGAUUGGAAUAAUCAAGAUGAUGAAGUAGAUAAUGUAGUAAACUCAAAUGCAUUUCUUCAGCAAAACAACACUAUUUUACCCAACCAAUUUGAUAAAUUUAGCUUUCUUUAUGGUACUCAAUCUCUAACUUCAAUUAAUGUAUCAUCAAUUCAUCCAGUUAAAGAAGAAGAAAUGAUAUCUUUGUUUGAAAAUUUAAGAUACUCAUCACAACUAAGAGAACUUUAUGCAAAGAGAACCCGUUUAACCCCCAAAUGUCUGACUGCAUUAACAAAUUUAAUUCGUGAACCAAACUCAUCAUUAGAACUACUUCAUUUGGGUUAUAAUAAUUUCUCUGGUUCAAUUUCAAUUUUAUUAAUGGCUUUUCAACUAUCUAAAACCUUAACAGAUAUAGACAUAUCAUCAAAUCAACUCGGUAAUAAUGAAGGUUUAGCCAUUUCCCAAUUUAUUAAAGAAAGCUCCCUUGUUAGACAUUUAAAUAUCUCUAAUAGUGACUUUAAACUUAGUGCUCUAAAUCAACUUGGUACUGCUCUAUCUAUUAACAAAUCUUUAGUAUCCCUAGAUCUUUCAAAUAUUCAUUUGGGUAUGUUAGAAGUAACCUAUAUUAUUGAUGGUUUAGUACAACAUCCAACCAUAUCACUCUUAAAUCUUUCAAAUUGUGGUUCAAAAGAAAUGAUAAAAACUUUAGAAGAAACUUCACAGUUACGUUGUAAUAUAAUUUCUUCUUUUAACAAUUUUGUUUAAAUUAAAUUAAUUUAAAUUAAAUUUAAAUUUAAAUUUAAAUAUCUGAUCUAAAUUUAAAAAGAUUUGUUAUUUGAAAAUUAAAAAAUUAAAAAAAUAAAUAAAAAAAUAAAAUAAUUAGAGUUAAGAUUAUCCAGAUAAUUCUAUUUAUAUUGUAUUAAUUAU